CCCUCGCCGCGUCAUGUCAGCUGGGAGCCGCUGGGAAGUUUUACUCAAGUGAGUCAACACGGAGAGGACGACACCCACCCAGACAGCCGCUGGAUAACAACACUGCUGGCUACACGGCCACGCAGGACAAACCGGCACGCCGAGCUUUUUUAUUUCUUUCCCACGGAUUUCCGCGCUUCACACAUCGCCAUGUACACUUCAGUGUUGGUUUUUGGAAAUUAGGAAAUGAAAGUGACCGUGUGUUUCGGGCGGACGCGGGUGGUAGUCCCGUGUGGGGAUGGGGAUAUGAAAGUGAGCAGCCUCGUCGAUCAAGCCGCCAUGAGAUACAAACGAGCCAUCGCCAAGGAACCCAGCUACUGGGUCCAGGUCCACCGGUUGGAACACCGUGAUGGAGGAAUCCUGGACUUGGAUGACGUGCUGUGCGACGUCGCAGAUGACAAAGACAGGUUGGUGGCCGUCUUUGAAGAGCAGGAUCCUCACAACGGAGGCGACGGUACGAGCGCCAGCUCCACGGGCACGCAGAGUCCCGAACCGUUUGCCGGCGAGCUGAGUUCGGCGUCGGCCUUCCAGCCUUACCAAGCCAACAGCGAGAUCGAGGUCACGCCGUCUGCUCUCAGAUCAAACAUGCCUCUCCGUGUCCGUCGCAGCAGUGAUCCUUCCCUGGCCGGCCUUCCUGCCGGUGAAAUUCCACUUGGCACAGACGAACCGUCCAGAAAGAACCCAAGCCGCUGGUCCACAACUGCUGGCUUCCAGAAGUAUAACCACAAGCCCCACACGGAGGCGGGCACCAACAGCCUUGAGCGCAAGGGCAGGGGAAUCCAGGCCUACCGUAGUCUUCCUCGCGAUGCAAGUGGCAGGACCACUCAGUUCCAACGAGAGAUGACGAGAUCCUCCCUCAGCGCCAACCACCCAAUGGUGGACCGUUGGCUUGAUCGCCAAGAACAGGAAGAGGAAGAGGAGAGACGAAAACGUGAACAAAGAAUUGAGCGGAUAGAGCCGGUGGGAAGAGCUGACUCCUCGUUGGACCAUUCACCAGUGUUAAGUCUCGAAGCGAUGCUCAAGCCCGUGGAGGUGUCCAACAAAGGAGGGCCCCUGGGGAUCCACGUCGUGCCUUUCAGUUCGCAGGAUGUCAGGACUCAGGGCUUGCUAGUCAAGCGUCUGGAGCGUGGGGGCAAGGCUGAGCAGGAGCAUCUCUUCCAGGAGAAUGAUUGUAUUGUCAGGAUAAAUCAGGGAGAUAUACGCAACCUUCGCUUCGAGCAGGCUCAGAACAUUUUCAGGCAGGCGAUGGGCUCCCCCGUCAUCCUCUUUCACGUGGUCCCGGCCGCCAUGAAGAAACCGUACGAGCUGCUGGCGGGCAAGAGAGACCUCAGCUCGCCUCAGUCCGGCAGGGUCCGCUUCAGCCAAGACUCCCUGCAGUCGGGAGACCGGACCAGCCUGACAGGGGGGCGGACCUCCAGUCAACAGGGCUCACUGGCAGGAAGCACACCGGAGCCAAAACGGAGAUAUGCCACGCUACCCCCAUCCCUGGUGUCCAGUACCUCCUCCGCCUCAUCGCCUUCCCUGCAGCGCAGGAUAAGCUCCACCCCGUCCAGCAGCUCCUACGUUAAAGGCAGAGGACGCAGUUUCACCAUCCAGCUGAAGAAAGGUCCAGAAGGUCUUGGCUUCAGCAUUACUUCCAGAGACGUUCCUGUUGGGGGCAGUGCUCCUAUUUAUGUCAAAAACAUCCUCCCUCGGGGGGCCGCCAUCCAAGACGGCAGACUCAAAGCGGGAGACCGUCUUCUGGAGUUCAUUACAGCCAAAUGUGUUGGAGCGUUUGCACUUGACUCAGGAAGGUGCGUGAUGCAGGUCGCUGAUGUGGACUUGAAUGGAAAAACCCAAGAAGAGGUGGUCUCUCUGCUCCGGGCCGCACCUAAGGGCGGGGUCGUGAACCUGUUGGUGACUCGCCAGGAGGAGCCCCUGUUGCCUCGAGAAGUGCAACAGGGGGAGGAUGACCUGGUCCUGACCCCGGAUGGCACACGGGAGUUCAUGACCUUUGAGAUCCCACUCAAUGACUCGGGUUCAGCAGGCCUGGGGGUCAGCGUCAAGGGGAACCGAUCCAAGGAGAGCCACGCCGACUUGGGCAUCUUUGUCAAAUCCAUCAUCAACGGUGGCGCUGCUAGCAAGGAUGGACGUCUACGCAUCAAUGACCAACUCAUCGCCGUCAAUGGAGAGUCAUUGCUGGGGAACACCAAUCAGGAAGCCAUGGAAACGCUACGCAAGUCAAUGUCGGUGGAAGGCAACAAACGGGGGAUGAUCCAACUCAUCGUCGCCCGGCGGGUGGGCCAAAACAAAGAGGAACUCCCUGGCAGCCCUCCUAUGCCGGGCCACCCUGAUGGCCGUCAGGACAACCACGAGCGCCGCAUCUCCCACUCCCUGUAUGAAAGCAUUGAGGGCUUCAACAGCAUCUCCACACCGGUACCAACCUCAGUUAGGCGCAUAGGUAAAUAUCAGCUCUCCCCCACCGUGAACAUGCCCCAGGAUGACAUCGUGCUGAUAGAAGACGACAGGCCGCCCUUGCUUCCUGCCCACUUCUCGGACCACUCAUCCUCAAGCUCCCAUGAAGACUUGGGGUUUGUGGGAGGGGACCCGGGACCGUGGAUCCAGGUGCCGCCCAGUCCAAACGAAUGCUCACUCAGUCCAGACGCAGACCCGGAUGGUUCUUUUCAAAGGGAGGGCUUUGGCCGCCAGAGUAUGUCCGAAAAACGCACCAAGCAGUAUGACAGUGCCGCUCAUCUGGACAUCGUCAAGUCACGCAAAUCUAAGAGCAUGGAUCUAGGACACGCCGUGGGACCUUCGCUGGGCCUCAAAAAGUCCAGUUCCCUUGAAAGCCUCCACACAGCUGUUGCGGCAGCGUCACGGAACUCCGAGAUCAACGUCAACAGGCCGCGCUCUCGAAUCGUCAGAGGCCGCGGCUGCAACGACAGUUUCAGAGCUGCGAUUGACAAGUCGUACGACAAACCACGCCUCAAUCGGGAAGAAGGGAACAGCAUGGAGACCGUGGAGGAGGACACGGACGGAAGCUCCCGAUCCGGCCAAGACUCGACGUCCGCCAGCGGGGACCUCGUCCUCAUCAGCCCCGGACUCAACGGAAACCUUUCCAAAGACGACAGGCCGAAAGAUCGGGACAAGGCGGAAAAGAAGAAACCCGAGCGGGAUAAAGAGAAGGAGAAAAGCAAAGCCAAGAAAGGCAUGCUGAAGGGCCUGGGCGACAUGUUCAGGUUUGGGAAGAGUCGCAGUAACGAGCAGCCGGGAGACAGCCGAGUGGAGAGGAAGGCCUCCAGUAGAUCUAAAGCUGAAGACGUGCAGGCGUCUGAGGAGGAGACCCAGCGGAUGAGGCUUGAACAAGAGAGGAUACAGGCCAAGAUGCGUGAGCUCCGGGAGAAGCAAGCAAAGGAGCGGGAAUAUGCUGAAAUCCAGGAUAUAAUCAGCCACGCUACCUUGAGCUCGGACGAAGAGCACACCUACGCCGGCAUCGGAUCGUUGGACUCAUCAGUGGACGGCAGCAGCCUGGAGCCUUACGGCGGUCACCACCACUAUCAUCACCCUCAGAGUCCCGAGAGCCCUCACCCUUCCUCCACUCCUCCAAACAACAACCCACCUCUUGAGGCGAUCUACGCUCAGGUCAACAAGCCUCGUAACGGACGCCCCGCACCUCCUAACAGCAAUCAGACGGCUCCCAACAACCAUGACCGGAUACAAAGGCUCAGGCACGAGUUCCAGCAGGCAAAGCAAGACGACGACCCGGAGGACCACCGCCACUCGUACAGCUUGGAUCAGACUUGGGCUGCCAACGGGACGGACAGACAGAGCGGGCGCCGUUCGGUAACGGUGGAAAAGCAGCAUGAGGAGGACCGUGGCGGUUUCCACCAGGCACUAAGACAGUACAGCUCUCUGCCACGGCCACCACGCAAGACGCCGAGCAACGCAUCUCAAGACGCGUGGGACAAGGCUUACCCGCCAGCAGCAGAUGCCAAAGAUAACCCCCGCUACUCCAGCAGCGCCCAGGGAGCCCACAACGGCUACCUGGGAACGUCCAACUUUAACGCCCGUGUGGUCUUGGAGACUCAGGAGUUGCUCAGACAGGAGCAGAGGCGCCGAGAGCAGGAGCUCAUCAAAGGCCGCCUACCUCCUGCCCAGGAACCCUCCAGCAGCGCCGACAGAGAACACAGUCAGGAGCCACCCAAAUCCAAGGGUCCCUACAGGCAGGACGUCCCGCCGUCCCCGACUCAGCUGGCUAAGCUCAGCAGGCUGCAUCAGGGCUCCGAGAAAGGGAGGCAGUUUUACUCCUGAAACCAACACGGAAAGACACUUUUUUUUCUGUUUUAGAAGGUUGAUUUAAAAAGCAAGCAAUGAGUCCAAAUGCUGUGAUAUUUUUUAUUGGAGUAUUAAUAUUUAACUUUUUUAACGACAUGAACCAUAUUCAUUUUUACCAAUGUGUAAAAUAUUGAUUUUCUUCCACAGAAUAUGUAUAUAAGUGCCUUUUAUUCCAUGUAGUACUCUCAUCCUGGUACCAGCUUGCAUUUUGGACCGCCUGUAUGAGUCAGUAGGUUUUGGGUUCAUCCUCCUGCUUUAUCUUUCAUUUUUCUCGUCACAGUUUCUGCUGCUGCAAAAAAAACAUCUUUAGAUCUCCGUUAUUCCAAUCCUGUCUGACCUACCCAGGGAAGCCGGCAUUAUAAAUUGGGUCAGGUCAGGGUUAUUAAUUAAUGUACCUCAUUAAAAAUGAAUGCAUUUGUUUUUGUUUGUUUUUGUUUUUGUUUUUUUUUGUCGUGUGCAGUGAGGAGCGAGAAACGGCAACCUUGCUGUCAAGGUUUCGGGCCCUGGCCUUGUCCGGAAUGAUUGGGAUGUAAGCGAAGCCUGCUGGCCCUGAGGUGUCACAGCCGCUCCUUGCUGAAUAUUUGAUCGGGGUGUUCGCAUGGGAAGCGCAGCAGCUCCGCAGGUGGUCUCAGUGGAAAAUAAAGUGCCUGUUUUAUCAGCUCAUUCGGUUUUUGAUUGCGUCCAUUGCGUCCACAGAGAUGACUUUGGCUGCACGGUAAUCCCUCCUCUCUUUGAAUUCCGCGUCUUCACUCUAUCACGGUUUUUCAAAAAUAUAUUCAUAAACCAUAGAGUUUCAUGGUUGAAUACGGUCUAUCAGUAAGAAAAAAAUGCUUAUUUUACGUAUUUUUUUGCCUAAAUGAAGCAUUUUCAAACAUAAAAAUGGCUUAAUGAAGUUACAAAUGCCAUUUACAGAAAUUACAAAUAAAAGGCGUUCAGAAGACGCAUUCAAAGACAUUGUGAUGAUACGUAGUAUUCUACACUGGUCACUAGGUGUCAGUACUGUUACUGUCAUGUGGGUGAGACACACAAGCACCAGACUUGAUCGCCGGGACAACAGGCUUUUAUUGCAGCUUUGAAAGAUUUCACAACAGGCACAAUAAUCCCUAACAUGGGAUACUGUUGUGGCCGUAACCCACGCCAACCUAAAACUCAACUCCGAACCCCUGAUGUCACUUCCUGUCUGGGCCACCGGAACACAUUUACAUGUGCACAAGUUGUAUUGACGUCUUAUUACGUCUACUAUAUUGGGUAAUAGGAGUGUAAAGGUGACUACAGGGAUGUUAUUUCAUGUCGAGAGGGCUCUAAUGUUAAAAACUGUAUUUAGAAGGUUGUACACAGGUUUUCUAUGUUCUAACUAGUAGGGAUGUCACGAGACGAGAAGAUACACGGGAUUUGGUUUUGGAGACAAGAUGGAAUUUUAACUUUACCUUUAAGCAAAGUCCAAUGAUGAAAUAUAUGACAAUAUAUUGCAUUCUACUCAUAACAUUUCCACUACGUUACCCUCUCCUGCACUCUGUGUGUAUGCCAGCGGCCCCGCCUCCACUCACCGAGACAAGGAGACUGUUUGACUGACAAAAGGGCUCACUCCGUUCAUGCCGUUGUUCCAUGAAACAAACGUGCCAAGGUGCCGAAAGCAAUGCACAGAGUGAGCUCUCUUCCAGCAUGGCAAUAUAUUAAGCCCGGAAAAAUGAUCAAUUACAUUUUCAUUUAUCGUGUGAUGAAUGAAUUAAUGUGUUAACAAUCCAUGCCGAGUGCGAAAAUAAAUCGUGUCAUGUUUUAAUCUUGCGAGAUCUUGUGACACCCCUACGAACUACCAAAAUAUUCUACUUAUAAAGAAGGAAUCCUAUUUUGUCAAAAUUCACUUAUCUCGGUCGACUCUGGAACCAAUUAGCUGCGAUAAACGAGGGAUUACUGUAUUUCUGAUCAAUAUUUGGUAGUGUUUUUUUUACAGUAAUGUGAGUGCACUUUUUGUCAAUUAACAACAACAAAAAACAACAACAAAUAGUAAAGGGUGGUGGUGGGGGCAUCUAGAUUUUUUUUUUUCAUGAAAAUGUGAAGAUGGGGAAUUUAACUCCAAAAAUUGAUUUGUUGCAUUUGCGUUCUUUUUUUAUUGCAAUUUUGGUUGCUAUGACAUCACAGGAGGAUUGCGCCAAUUCAUGUAAAAUAGAAAAAUCAAUGCAAGCAUCUUUGUGUGUGUUUUUUUCACUCUCCAGUACAGUACAGUUCGUCAAUGAAAAUGUCCACUGUACCAAGCAUUUGGCUCCAGAGUGUGAGAAAAGAAAAGUAGUAGGAGGAUAACAAGAUGGGAGCCGUGACCUUGUAGAUGAUUCAGCCAGUGGAGCCAUUUCUCACUUUGCAUCAGAACCUCAAGGUCACCUCUCUCCACUUUGCUGGCUCAUGGCGUCUUUUCUUUUUCAUAUUUGUUGUCCUUUUGCCCAGAAUUUGUGUGCUGUGUUGGUGUCUGUGAUUGUGUUACAUAACAAACAAAAAAAGCACCUGUAUCCCACCAUCCUCCCGUGCAAAUGUGUGUUCAUUAUUUGCCUCUGUGAUAAGUCUUUGCAUAAAGAUGUUGUUUCGGGGGGGGGGUUGUGUUUUCCUCCCAGUGAGAAGCUGUUCCUGUUCAGUGGUGGUUUUAUGAUCAUCCUUUAUUUAGUUUGGUUACAUGAUGCUACUGUGGUGGUGUAAAAAUGACUAAUAUGUAAGCACAGUGCAAUUUCCCUUUUUAUAACAAACAACGGUUUCUGCUCUUUUGUGUACAUGCAA